CCUGUGUUUGUUUCCUCAGCUGAUCGAAGUCCUGUGAACAUUAAACUCUGACUCUGCGAGAGCGGAGUACAUGUCGAACGAACAGCUGCCGAAUCCGCUUUUAAAAACACCGAAGUUUAAUGUAGCUUGCGCGUGUAUCUGGCGGAAGUAAGCCUCGUGGUGACGACUAAACACGCUUUAAUAACAAAGGAAUAAGACAAGUACUGUGUGUCUUAUGCAUGCCGAGUUGCUCACUGGAUGCCAUUUGUCCCUGGAGGUUUCACUUCGUCUUCUUUCCAGAGACAGAGAGGAGACAGAGAGGAGACAUAGAGACAGAGAGGAGACAGAGAGACGGAGAGGAGACAUGGAGACAUAGAGACAGAGAGGAGACCGAGAGACAGAGAGGAGACAUGCCGUCCAACAGAUCAGUGUCUGAUGCGCCCAUCACUCAGUUUGUCAACUGCAGAAUCCUGAGAGAUCACAAGCUGCAGAGAGAGGACCUGUGGGUGCGUGACGGGAGGAUCUUAGAUCCAGAGAAGUUAUUCUUUGAUGAACAGGGUUACGCCGACAAGAGAGUGGACUGUGAAGGCAACAUCAUUUCUCCAGGCUUUAUAGACGUCCAGAUCAACGGAGGACACGGUGUGGAUUUCUCUCAGGCCUCUGAGGACGUCGGCCGCGGCGUUUCCAUCGUGGCCAAGAAGAUCUUGGAGGACGGCGUGACGUCCUUCUGUCCCACCCUGGUCACGUCUCCCUAUGCCGUCUACCACAAGGUUUUGCCUCAGGUCAAAGUUCAUAAUGGAGGACACCAUGGAGCUGGAGUUCUUGGGUUUCAUGUGGAGGGUCCAUUCAUCAGUGUGGAGAAGAGAGGAGCUCACCCAGAGCAGUAUCUGCGCAGCUUUCAGUCUGGAGGCUUCGAGGACUUGAUGGAGGCCUACGGCAGCCUGGACAACGUUGCCAUGGUAACACUCGCUCCAGAGCUUUCCGGCAGCCAAUCGGUGGUGAGGGAGCUCUGUAGGCGGGGCAUCACUGUGUCGUUAGGUCACUCCGUGGCUAACUUGUCUCAGGCUGAAGACGCCGUGAAACAUGGAGCCUCUUUCAUUACACAUCUGUUCAACGCCAUGCUGCCGUUCCACCAUCGGGACCCAGGUAUCGUGGGUCUGCUGACCAGUGAUCAGGUGCCUGCAGGCCGGAGAGUGUUCUACGGUAUGAUAGCCGACGGGAUCCACACCAACCCUGCUGCUCUGAGAAUCGCCCACAGAGCUCACCCUUCAGGUUUGGUGCUGGUGACGGACGCGAUCGCAGCGAUGGGUCUUCCUCCCGGGCGUCACACUCUGGGUCAGCAGGUCAUCGAGAUCCAGGGUCUCCACGCUCACAUCGCAGGCACGAAGACGCUCAGCGGCAGCAUCGCCUCCAUGGACAUGUGUGUGAGACACUUCAAACAAGCUACAGGCUGCAGUGUAGAAGAAGCUCUAGAAGCUGCUUCACUUCAUCCAGCUCAGCUCCUGGGAAUCAGCCACAGGAAGGGAAACCUGGACUACGGCUCAGAUGCAGACCUGACGCUGUGUGACGACGCCCUCAACAUCAAAGCUACUUACAUCUCUGGAGAGGAGGUUUGGAGGAAACAGCCGUAAAAAAAACCCCAGAGAGACCUCCAGGGGGCGCCAUUUCUCACAGAGCCACAACCAAACCAAACUGUGUUUAUUUUCAGCCUUGUCGGGCAUCAGAGGCCGAGUCUGUGUUUGCAGAUCACAUUUCAUCCACUUCACAAAAGACUUGCGUAAUAAAAACGACGUCACAUGAUCACGUCUUCAUCAGACGUUUCCAACAGGAAACUGAAGUUUGUAAAACACUCACUCUCUCACAGAGAAAAUCAGUGAUUUUUAUCUGGCGGGGACACAGGGGCUGCUGGUCCUCUGCUGCCUCAUGUGGUCACUUUGUGUCACUGACGUCAAUCUGAGUGUGGACCUUUAAAUGUCGAAUUCACAAAAUAACACUCUUGAACUUAGUGAUGGAGGCAGCAGAGAGUGAGUAGUUGACAAACAUCUGUCUCACAGUGACAUAAAGACGUGGACGUGUUCUUAAAACAUCUUAGACUUAAACUGAUGACGAGUUCAGGUUCUCAGCAGCAGGGGGCGUGUGUUUUAAAGGUGCUUCAUUAAUCCAGAGGAGAGAAGUAUCAAAGUCACUGUAUUUAUAUUUCAUAUCUUCAUCCAGUUCAAAUCAAACUGAUAUUUUCAACAUUUUUGUAAAUUUUUGUAAAAAUCUUCAUUAUGUACUUUAUACAUGAUUAAAGACUGUUGUCAAAA